UGAUUGGUCGUUUCCGUGUAACAGCGCAGUACAUGGAGGUCUUGUCAAGCACCGAGGAGGGAGGGGAUACUUUAAUGGCCGUCAGGAGCACUUCAAAAUGCAAAAACUCCGGAUUAACAGCUAUAUUUAGACUGGAAUAGCUUUUGAUGUUCAUCAGACUUUUACUUUAUCAAACGGUAUCGUUUAUUUUCACAAAUGUCAUAUUUGUUAUACCGCUUUUAUCGCACGAGACGGACUUUACCCGCUUGAUUUGUGCGUUAGUGGGGGAUCAGGCCUAGCCGGCUGGAAACAAGCGGACGGUUAGUUAGUCACCGGAGUUGAAAGGGAAUAUGUAACAUACAGUUACAAACAUGACGUCAAGAUUUGGUAAAACAUACCACCGCAAGGGAGGGGAGGCAAAUUCCAAGUUUGAAGAAGUCAUCUCAAAUAAAAGGCCUACCCUAACCACCAAAUGGGGGGAGACCACGUACAAGGCUCAACUUGGAGCCAAACGGCCCACACUGAAACCUGAUGUAUCCGAGUUUCCCAAGAGGCCGAGGCUUGAGCCCAGUGACAGCGAAGAAGACCCUUUUGGCUUCGACAGCGAUGAAGAGUCAAAGACUGUAACUACUCACAAUAUGUCUGAAACAAAGAUCUCAGAGGGCGUUGCAACAAAGGUGGACGUAGUGCAAGAUCGGAAGACAGUUCCUAUUGUGACAGCUGCACAGGCCUCUGCAAGUUCAACCUCUACUUUCACAAGUAAACAAUCAUCAGUAGAGAAGGAUAUUAAAAGCAGCCAGCCAUGGUACAAAAUUGGUCCCAGUGGCAUCCAGAAGAGCACGCCCACAACCAGUCUGUCAAACAUGGCUCCUUUCGAUCAUUCAAACUUCUCUGUGUCUGAGAAAGCCGUUUCUGUGUCUUCAGAAGUGUACACCUCCAUUAAAUUGUCAGCGGAUGAAGCAAGAGGGAGUGGAGACCUUCAAAACCCCUAUGAUGGACAUUUGUCAGAAGAAAAUAGGAACGCAGAAGACCUUUCAAUAGAGCCAUCACCAGAAAUAGUCGACAACAUCCCUCCCUCUCCAUUUACCUUAAGAGCGUCCAAUUGCAAGAAGUACCAGCGGCCUGGCCGGGCUUGCAAAACACUAUCUGAACCUGCUGAAAACAACAGCCACCAGCCCACGAAUGCAGCGAGUACCCAAGAUAAAGCCAGCACUGCCCUUUCUGCUAGUUCAAGUGCUGCUGCUAAAACUGCAGCCAAGCCUGCUGGCAGGGGGGGCGGGAGGGUGCGGGACUACACCGUUCUUCACCCUUCCUGUCUGUCAGUGUGCAAUGUCACCAUCCAGGACUCAAUAGAGCGGGGAAUCGAUGAACUCGCCACUCCAGCUGCCCCCGCUGACCUCGGGGAAGCGGGGCAGAUGAAAAAAAAAUCCGACCCGCAGCCAGCUAAACUUGCCAGGUUCCGGCCCGCACAGACAAAAACCAAGAAGACCAAGACGGAGACCAAGCUGGAGUUCUUUGGUUUUGAGGACAAAGAGGGCGAAGAAGGCAACGACAGCUCAGAGGGAGUCAUGGCAGGCAAGAGCAGCUACAAGAUCAAGUACUUUGGCUUUGAUGACCUGAGUGAGAGUGACAGCGAUGAUGAAAGCACUCAGGCCAAAGAAAAGAAAGCUAAGAGGGCGGCAGCGGCUUUAAUGUCUCUGAGCUCCAGUGUGGACAGCCCCCAAACCAGCGAUUCCCAGGACAGUCAGGCCAGCAGCAAUACAGAUACUUUUGAGUUUGCCGAUGACUCCAGUCCGUGUGGCGCCGACGGUCAGAAAGGACGACAAGGGAAGUCGAGUGACAAAUCAAAGGAAGGAGGAACUGGUCUCAAGAAGAUUUUCAGUGGACCCAAAAAGUCCCCUUCCAAAGCUGUUUACAAUGCUCGCCAUUGGAACCAGCCCGAGCCUGAGGAUAUCCCUGCGCCUCCACUGUCCCGGUCUCAGACGGCUCCGGCCAUGUUAUCCAGCAGCAGCAAGGACAGCAACUCCCAUAAAGAUGAUGGCUUGUUCAAAGCCCCCCCGCCGCCCCCCAAAGUCAUUAAGUCAGAGACCAUCCCCACGCGACUUAACCAGGACAUCGUGACGACGCUAAAGUGCAGGAAGGAACACAAAGAGCUGUACACAGUAGUGCAACACGUGAAACACUUCAAUGACGUGGUUGAGUUUGGUGAAAAUCAAGAGUUCACAGACGACUUUGAGUACCUGGAGACCGGCUUGAAGAGCAGUCAGCCACUUAACACCAGAUGCCUUAGUAUAAUCAGCCUGGCCACGCGCUGUGCGAUGCCGAGUUUCAGGAUGCACCUGCGAGCCAGAGGAAAGGUGGCACAGGUUUUCAAAAUGCUCAGCGAUGCUCCCCAACACCCAAAUCUUGCACUUUGCACGGCCGCCCUAAUGUACAUUCUGAGUCGUGACCGGCUGAACAUGGAUCUGGACCGAGCCUGUCUGGAGCUGAUGAUCAAGCUCCUGGAACUGGACCAGGACUUCUCGGGCCACCAGGACGAGCUCACUGCGAAGGAAAUGGCAAAGGUCAAGGAGAAGAUCAGGAGACUGUGUGAGACUGUGCACAACAAGCAUCUGGACUUGGAGAACAUCACGACGGGCCAUCUUGCCAUGGAAGCUCUGCUUUCUCUGACCUCUAAGAGAGCUGGAGAUUGGUUUAAAGAGGAGUUGAGGCUGCUGGGCGGCUUGGACCACAUCGUCGAUAAGGUAAAAGAGUGUGCAGAGAACCUGAGCCAAGAGGACGACAAAGAGAAGCUCGUCGGGUCUUUAUGGGGAGCUGAAAGGUGUCUGAGAGUGCUCGAAAGUGUGACUGUGCAGAACCCUGAAAACCAGGGUUACCUAAUCGCCUACAAAGACUCUCAGCUCAUUAUCUCCUCUGCCAGAGCUCUGAGAUGCUGCGAGGAUACGAUCCAGCGGUACAGCCGGACGAUAAAUAACAGCGCCGCGCCGUCCUCGGGUGACGCGUCGCCCCACGGCAGCUGCAGCAACGUGGGCAAAGCGAUGGAGGACUGCAUGAGGGCCAUCAUCGGGGUGCUGCUCAAUCUGACCCACGACAACGAAUGGGGAAGCACCAAGACUGGUGAGCAGGAUCAGUUAAUAACAACUGCUCUGAAUUGUGUUCUUCGAGUUCCACGCUACAUCCCACAGGAGCAGCGCUUCGAUGUGCGAGUACUGGGAUUGGGUCUCCUGAUCAACCUGGUGGAGUACAGCUCCAGAAACCGGCACUGUCUGGUGGACAUGGAGUACAGCAUCGACGACGCCUGCUUGGAAGACAGCCUGAUGGCGCCUUCUGACUCAGCACAAUCGGAGGCGGCAGCACAGUCAGCCGACACUCAGGGAGACGCGGCAGACAAGCCGAAACCCUCCGGAGCUUUGGCUGCCCUGGUGCAGCUCUUCCUGGAGAGGGAGCGCGCUGCCAUCCUGGCUGAGGCAAAGACUGACGAUCUCAUCAGCGAAGCGCCCAAACCGGCGCUGGACCAAAGCGGCGAGUGGCAGGAGACGUCGGGGGAGAUCCAGUGGGUGGCGUCUGAAACGAACAACAGCCAGACGGAGAAGAAAGAGGAGGAAGAUGAAGAGCUGGACCUAAAUAAAGCUUUGCAGCAUGCAGGGAAGCAUAUGGAAGACAGCAUCGUUGCCUCCUACACUGCUCUGCUGCUGGGCUGCCUCUGCCAGGGCAGCCAGGUAAACGUGACUACUGUGAGAGAGCAUCUGCCAAAAGGGGAUUUCUCCAUCAUGACGGAAAUGCUGAAGAAGUUCUUGAGUUUCAUGAACCUCACUUGUUCUAUGGGGACCACGGGACAGAAGUCCAUCUCACGGGUCAUUGACUACCUGGAGCACUGUUAACACCCGGCAAACUCGAACUCUGCACAUUCGAAGGGUAUCAGGAUACUGCCCCGCCCCCUCCGUACUACCCAAUAGGAGAAGGGGGGGCAGUUGAGCGCCACUCCUUCAAAACAAACAAAAAAAAUCUCACAAAUAGACGCAUACAUCGCAAAUGCAGAAGUUCCAAUCUUUCUGGAGCACAGCCUGAACCAAAGUCCUGCUAAAGCUGACAGACACGUCGUCUUCUCUCCGUCACCAACCCACACUCGGACUGGGAGACCUAAUAAUCCAGCCGGCAUCUCCAUAAUCCAUGCAACGUCACACGGGAUGAAAUCAAAGCAGACCUUUUUCCACGGACGGCCCGGAAAAGGUUUCGACAAAAGCGGUCCUCCCAAGAGCAGACUGCCGCUCGCUGUCAGGUCUUGAUUUCUGGUUGCAUAGCAGGAGCGUGAAGACCCGAAUCAGAUUUCAUGGAUCAUUACAUUUUAAUUUCUGCUUAUCCACAUUCAAGCCAAGGGUGAAAUCAUUGAUCAGGAGAAAACUCAAUCAUUUUCAUGGAUGUUAGAAUGACGUCUGCAUGGAAACAGAAAAUGGAAGGAUUUCUGAAUGCAAACAUUCAUUUCAAUCGAACUCCUUUUUUUUCCGCGGGUAAACUGAAUGUUUGAGAACAUUUUUAAGCUCUUGCUUUCAUCAUGCUGGUUUCUUUUUUUUUCCCCUGCUUUUGACUGAAAGACGGCCCUUCAAAACCUUUUUCCCCCACAACAAAAACGCCAUGUUUGCCAAUGUUUCAGUGUGGUCGCAUUUUUUUAGUUUUAGAUCAUUUAAAUCUCAUUGAACAGUGUGGAAUUGUUGUACGGAUUUUAAGCUGAACUCACCUGAUGAACUAACGUAGUGGUUCUGCUUCAUUUUUACUGAAAUUUUAAAAAAUUAUAUAUUUAAUUUAAUGCUUUUACCUUCUGUUUGUGUAAAUGCAUCGUCUUUACCCAGUGAGAAUCCGUCAGUAUAAUGAUGUCAUUAAAUAGGUUGAUGCUGAACAGAAAAUAUGUAUUUUGAAAAGUAAUAGCUUUAGCUUAAAAAAAAACUUUAGCUACAUUUUAAAUUGAUUUUAUGGUGCAGCUUUUCUCCACACUCAUUUAUUUAUUCUGCCGCCACGUCAUUUACCCGUGAUUAUGCACGCCAACCUCUACGGAGCCUCCACCGACGACUGCUCGUACGUGUCUGAACCCGACAGCCAUACCUGUAUAAACAUCGCUUGCAUCUGGUUUGUAGAGCUGCGGCGAACACGAUUACAACUUUGUUUACUGAUGUUUGCUUUGGAAAACUAAACUGAGUUUUAGAAUGUAAAUACUCUUGUACAUAGCAGUUUAUGGACGUAUAAAAUAUUCCGACUGCUUUGUUCCCCUCCUUCUCCCCCCUCUUUUCUUGAAGCUGAUAUUUUCUACAAAAAAGUCCUGAGUUUGAUGAAAAAAUGAAAUAAAAUUUGAAAAAAAAAUGUAGGAAGAGAAAAAUGUUUGUACCUGUUUUAAGAACAUUAUUCCUGGUUACAUGUAAAUAAUUGUAUCUCCACAAAAGUGAAAAAAAAAGAAAAAAAAAA